GCUCGAUGACGAAAGGUAUUUCAAGGUCUAAUUACAUCCACAUCCAAUUGGAUCGCACCUUCGUUCGGUUGCUAGGUCAACAACCUUCGAUGUUAUUCAAAUAAUGCAACGGCUGGAGCAGCCGGUAGCGAGUCGUAAAAGUUUCAAUAAAACACGUUCCUGCUAGUGAACGUAUGUUAAGACUUACACCGAGUUUUAUUUCGCUACGCCGUUUACUAGUUCGAAACGAUCGAUUGCAUAAUAGUAGCUGUUUCUUUCAUCUCGGAAACACGAUCGUAAACGGUGACAACGAUCCAGCUUAUUCCUGAUCGUGUUAAUUUCCACGCAAACUUUGUAAACAUUAUACGUCGCGACGCUCUCGUUAACGCGUCAUUCCCUCCAACUCGAAAGUCUUGCAACUUUGGUGAUCCGUUUUCUGUGUAAAAUUGGUUACGAGCAUCAGGGGACUUAUCGUCGUAAUCGGCUGUCGCUGGCGAUACCAGUCAACCGCGAAGGUUACUCGAGAUGCAGCAUGUACGAUGUAAAUUACACGGAAAUUUUGCUAAAUGGAAGCCACGUACCGGACCCAUCGUGGCCAACGAAAGAUUGCCAACAAGGAUGGGAAUUUAAUUAUACCACCGUCCCUUAUGCGUCUGUGGCAUCCGAGGUGACAGAAAAUGUUCGACUUCUGGGAUGGGUUUGUCAGUAUGAUGCAUUGCCAACCAUAGCUCAAAGUAUCUUCUUCAUCGGCGCUAUCUUCGGAGGAUUAAUUUUUGGAUGGGUUGCUGAUCAAUAUGGAAGAAUACCAGCUUUGCUCGGAGCUAAUUUAAUGGGAUUUCUCGCUAGGGUGGCUACUGCGUUCACGGGUAGCUUCUGGCAGUUCACUUUGUGUCGUUUUUUCGUUGGAUUCGCCUUUGAUAAUUGCUUCACUAUGAUGUACAUAUUAGGAUUUAUAACUUAUUCAAGCAGAACCUCACUCGACCAGCUCGUUGAAAGCGUAGAAUUCGAUCAACUUCAUACAACUCACAUACAAACUGCAGAUAAUGCUAACAGUGGGAGGAAAAUAUGAGACUGCAAAGCGUAUAAACCUAGUAGUUUAUAAAAGCAUUUACAUAUUUGCCACAGAAAAUUUAUAUGUAUGUAGAAUAUGUGUUAUAUAAAACAUUCUGAAAUUUCAUUAGCAUUGUAAUGAUUAUAUUGGUAAAGUUUGAAGCAUUUCUGAAGAUGCACAUAGAAGUUACGAGAUAUUUAAUGCAAACAUUUAUUUAGUACAAAUAUACAGCAUAAAUAGUUAUCUUAAACAUGUAAUAAAUGGUUAUCAAAUAUCGGGAUUUAUUAAUAUAAUAAAUGUUUGACUAUUUUUAUAAUUAAAUAUUUUUGUAAUUACUGUGAAAUAUAUAAUUACGCUAAAUAAUUUUGUAUCUUGUAUAUAGAUUUUUAAAUUUACUUAAUUGAAACUCUGCAUUAUAAUAACCGUAUUUAUAAUUCUGACGUCAUAUUCGAUAUAAUUAUUAUAUGACUUUAUUACGAUCCUAAUGAAAUUCCAAUAUAUUCAUGAAUAUAUAACAGAAACGUAAUAAUACUUUGUUGUACUAAUUAUGAUACCAUCAUAUAUAAUAAAUAUAAAUAAAUAAAAAAUGUCUAUAAAUGCUAAGAUACUUUUACGAGCCAACAGGCGAGAAGGAAGAAACGAAAGAAAAGAAAGAAGAGAACGAACGUUAAUCAGUUUCGAAACGUUAACAACGUCCUUGCGUUGGACGGUGCUCGCGUUUAUCGAUUGGUCGCAUUGCGAGAUAUCGGUCAGAUUAUUAUUAUUAAUACGAUCGUCUGUAAUUUAUCUUUGCUAAUUGUGCCGCACGGAAUCUUCGUUUACAAUAAAUGAGUUGUCGCUUUUGAUCGAACGGUAACACGAUAUGAAAUUACAGGGUGACGGAAACAGCUGGGAGAAAAGCGAAUACUUUUUCUGCGCGAAUAAUGUAAUGUUAAAGGCAGUAAAC